GCCCUAAUUCGGCCCAAGUAUCGGCUGACCAAAUUUUUAAUGUUUCAGCUUUAAUAGUAUAGUAUAGAUAUGGGCAACAUACAGAAAGCCCAAACAAGCCCCUCAUGUAUUACCAUCAUUAGGCUCAUAAUUAUUGUCAGGCUCUCCUUAUUGGUUCUUUGUUGGUCUGUAUACUUUGAAUUUCUAAUUCCUUUUUUUGCCCCUUACUUUUGAAGGGUCGGACUUGCAUGAGGGUGCGUGGUGGCAAAAUACUUGUCCAUUUGUUUUGUUUUUUUUUGCCUAAAAGCAUUUGUUAAUUAUAAAUUAAAAAUCCAAUAAGUUUUUACUGAUUUGCUCCACCUUUUAUUACCGUAAAAAUAGAAGAAGGGUAUUCGUGAGGAUAUGAAUCAAGAGAUGGAACUUUUUUCGCCUAAAAGAUACGAAUUCCGCUCAGAAAUUAUAGAAUCAGAAGCUUAACAUUUUUGUUAGCCCACUGAUGCACUAUUGCCAACAGGACAAAGGGAUAUUAGAAUGUAAAUAUGCAGUGUUUGAUAUUUUCUUUUGGUAUUGGUUUAUGGUGUGUGACUAUCGUGCUAUCAUUCUUCAAAGUGAUUCACAGUUGACUGCAAAUGAUAUCAUCACAUGUGACAUAAACAAAGUGUAUAUAUGGAAGCUCUAUAUCUGUCUAAAUUCUAGUAAACCUUCUUAAUAAUGGAAACUCACUUAUCACGGCAAGCAGGACUUCUUAAGUGUAUGUAUGCACUUUCUUUUUUGGAAUUUUUGCUGACCACAGUACUUUCACCUUGGAGAAGGCAAUGCUCAAUCGAAGGGGUUACAGCCCAGAUAUAAGUCACGGAGUGUUGGUUCAGAAUAAUCCCUUUUUUGCAAAUUGUCCGAUGAGGUCCAAAAAGGAGUGGCAUUGAGAGAGUCUAUUACUGUAAUUUCAUGCAAGCUCAAGGGAAGAGAGCGAAACUACGAAUGGAAUUUCGUGGAAGUAUCAAUGAAAUAUUUUCAGAACUUAGUAUGGCAUUUAGCAAAAGAGAUAUUGCUCCUAAAUCCGCUGCAGCAGCUGAUAUUGUUGCACUAGGAGAUUCCUGGCUCAGUCUUGCUAUUAGCAAAGCUCUAAUUGAACCUAUACCAAAGAUCGAAGAUCAAGAGUGGUUUAGUGGCUUAAGUGAAAAAUGGAAGGCAUACUUACGCAGGAAUGGUGAGGGAAAAUUAGAUAAUGAAGGCAAAAUUUGGGCUGUUCCUUAUCGAUGGGGAAGCAUGGUAAUAGCGUUUAAGAGAAGCAAAUUUCAGAAGAAUAAUCUGGCUCCAAUUGAGGACUGGGCAGAUCUCUGGAGGCCCGAGCUGUCAGGAAAAAUUUCUAUGGUUGACUCUCCCAGAGAAGUCAUUGGUGCAGUAUUGAAGUAUAUGGGGGCAUCAUAUAAUACAAGUAACUUUGAUACUGAAGUAGUUGGGGGGAGAAAUGCUGUGUUGCAGAAGUUGUCAUUGCUUGAAAAGCAGGUUCGACUAUUUGACAGCAUGCAUUAUAUAAAAGCUUUUGAAGUAGGUGAUGUGUGGGUGACUGUUGGAUGGAGUUCUGAUAUUGUUCCUGCUGCCAAACGCAUGUCGGAUGUUGCAGUUAUUGUUCCAAAAUCUGGUGCAAGUAUUUGGUCAGACGUAUGGGCAAUACCUGCUGCAUCUGAAAUUAAGAAUGAAAAAAUUGGAGGACGAGUGAGAGGGCCAUCUCCCUUGGUGCAUCAAUGGCUAGAAUUCUGUUUGCAAUCUGAACGAGCAUUGCCUUUCAAGGAGGAGGUAGUACCAGGCGCGUCACCAUCUGCCCUUGAAGGCACACCAGUUGAAUCCACAGUGGAGCUUCACAAGAAUAAGCCAAAGCUCGACUCCAACCUAAUUGGCGGAGCACCUCCAGAAGAAAUUUUGAAGAGGUGUGAAUUUUUGGAGCCGUUAUCAGAUGCUACAUUAUCUGAUUACCAGUGGCUGAUAGAUCAUAUGCAGAAACCCAAUCACGGGUUGGUUGAAAAAAUUCAGCAUUAUGUUUCUGGUAUAUUUCAUAGAUUUCAGCAGAAGUCCAGUUAAGGUAACGUGUGAAAGCUUAAAGGGGAGAGUAAAGUUGAAUGGUUUCAUGAUGAGUGCUGUGGCGAACCAAGAUUUGUCUGUCAAGCAAGUGCACUUGAUACAGUGUCUCCUGUAAAAAGUAAAGGAGAAAGUGUGCCUUGUAUACUGGGUGCAGAGUAUCGCUUACUUUAUAAUCUCUCUAAACUUGUCUCGAAGCCAAUCUGGAAAAGGAAGUCUGUAAAUAGUCAUCAAAGCCCUCUGAAGAUUUAGAUGUGGUGAAUGACAGUGGACAAGAAGUUGUUAGUUGGUCUGGCUUGAUAGUGUAAACAGCAUUUCGGAGUUGAUUGGAGGCAGCAGGGCAUUUGGUAUUUUAUGUAGUUUUUGUUAGUCACUUUACUAUCAAAGUGAUUUAUCAUCAUGGAGUUUCUAAUAAACUCCUUUGUAAUGCUGUUACAAUUUAACAACCAUGUUCCUUAACCAGAAACAUUCAAGCCAAACUCCUGUGUGAUCAAACUCCCUCUUAUUAAUAAAAUAAAAUUUAAAAUCGUGUUUAACUUCCA